UCGUCCGAAAUUGUUCAAAAAAGUGUGGUUAUGAGGGGUAUUUUAUUCAGGCUCGAGUAUGGGAAAAAUCGCAUUGCAGAUUAAAGCGGCCCUAGAAAACGUAGAAGAAUUAAAAACAAUCCAUCCGGACUACGCGUUUAUGUUAAAAUUAAAGUGCACUGGCUGCGGCGAAGUUUCUGAUAAAUGGCACGACAUCGUAGAGUCCCAAACCUUCCCCGGUAAGACUGGAAGAUCGGAGAACAAUUACAUAGCAAAAUGCAAAAUGUGUGGGAGAGAAAAUAGUCUGGAUAUCGUUAAGGGAAGCAACGCUUCCUACAGGGACUACGAUCAAGGCAAGUUCAAAUCGAUAGUCGUUUUUGAAUGCAGAGGCAUCGAGCCCACUGAAUUCACCCCCGGUGAAAGUUGGAUAGUUAAAGUCAAGGAAAGCAGCAGAGUCUUCGAUAACAUAGAUCUCUCUGAGAAGGAAUGGGUCGAGUAUGAUGAAAAGAUCCAACAACCUGUUGAAAUUAGUGAUAUGGAAUUCAGAUUUACUAAUGUGAAAUGAUUUUUUUAUCGCCUUUGUAAAAAUUUUUAAAAUAAAUUUGAAAAAUGA